UGUUGAAAGAUUACCGCACCAUUCCAUUCCGUGGCCUCUCUCUCAUUUUACAUCAAUCAAAUUUGAUAAAUAUAGUACUUCCUCCACUAACUUUCGAAAAAGUCAAUCCAAGAUGUCGUGGCAAUCAUACAUAGACGACCACUUGAUGGCCGAUAUUGAGGGUAACCACCUCACCUCAGCCGCCAUCAUCGGCCAUGACGGUAGCGUCUGGGCACAGAGCGCCAAUUUCCCUCAGUUCAAGCCUGAUGAGAUAACUGGAAUCAUGAAUGACUUUGAGAAUCCCGGGUCGCUUGCUCCUACUGGAUUGUACCUUGGUGGCACUAAAUACAUGGUGAUUCAAGGUGAAGCAGGGGCUGUCAUCCGAGGGAAGAAGGGACCGGGUGGCGUGACUGUGAAAAAGACCACCCAGGCCUUAAUAAUUGGCAUCUAUGAUGAGCCUAUGACUCCUGGCCAGUGCAACAUGGUUGUUGAGAAGAUUGGUGAUUAUCUUGUUGAUCAGGGCCUUUAAUUAUUUUGCGAAAUCUCUAUACAAAUAUUCGGUGUUGUGGGUUCUUGGUCUUGAUAAAAUGAGUUUGGUGUUUGCGAAGUGAGUGAUAGUUUUCUCUUCCUAAGUUCGAUUGAGUUGUCUUUGCGUUCCCCUGCUUAUGAAGAUUGUUGUCAUGACUUCGUACGAGUAAAUUAUGUAUUUUUGGUUUGUUUUUUUAAUGGAUAUUUGAUUUCAUAGACACCCUUUGCAAAUAUUAGUAUUUGGCUGGUAUGAUAAGCGUAUUUGUCGUUUUA